AUGUUUGAUAUUUUAAAAGUAAGAAGAUUGAGUAUCAAUUUGGAGAAUUAUUAUGUAAUAGUUCCUUCUUUAAGUUUAUUAUAUUAUUAUGGAUUAAUAAAUUUAGAUAGAAAUUUAACUGUUAAAGUAGUGGGUCAUCAUGAUAUCCCUGGUUUGGAAUUUGAUUCUUAUAUAAAGUCAUUAGAUCAGUUAAAUGUAGGUGAGCCUCGUUUGUUAGAAGUAGAUAAUCGUUGUGUAGUGCCUUGUAAUACUAAUAUUCGAUUUUGUAUUACUUCGGCGGAUGUAAUUCAUUCUUGGGCAUUGUCAUCAUUGUCAGUAAAGUUAGAUGCAAUAAGUGGUAUUUUAAGUACAUUGUGCUAUAGAUUUCCUAUGGUUGGUGUAUUUUAUGGUCAAUGUUCGGAAAUUUGUGGGGCUAAUCAUAGUUUUAUACCCAUUGCUUUGGAAGUAACAUUAAUAGAUAAUUUUAAAAAUAGAAAUUCUGGUGCUAUAAAUACUGCUUUAACUAAUCGUGUAGCAUUAGUAGAGGAGGAUAUAAAAAAAGUAGUGGCCUUAAGAACUUUAUCACAAAUGGGUUUUUCAAUGUUGACAUUAGGAUUAGGUUUAAGUUUUAUUUCAUUUGUUCAUUUAGUUAGUCACGCUUUAUUUAAAAGAUGUUUAUUUAUACAAGUAGGUUACUUAAUUCAUUGUAAUUAUGGGCAACAAGAUGGUCGAAGAUAUAGUUAUAAUGGUGUAUUUCCUUUGUUUAUACAGGUACAGUUAUUGGUAACUUUGUUUUGUUUAUGUGGUUUAAUUUUUUCUAGUGGUAUAUUAUCGUUUGUGAAAAAGAUUAUUUGUUAA